GUUCUAUCGAAGCUAGCAUUUGUAGCAUCCUCUUCGGAGUAAGACAGCAUUGUAGACUUAAAUAAGGCCAACAAUUCACCACCCAAGAAAAGAAACCGAUUCAAACAUCUCGCUAGUUUCCUCCACUAUCGCCCUUUCAACCAACCAGACCCUGCUCAUGAAAAACUAGAGCCCAUAGCGCCGCAAUAGCGCCUCGCAUUUCCACCGCCCACCAAUCACCGCCUUCGACGCGCUGUUCUGCAGAUCCCCCCAACAACAAUCGUCAACACUGAAUCUGAACCUGAAUCAGAAUCAUGCGCACUCGCACUCGCACCACGUCCAUGUCCCCGAUGCUCAGAGCAGAGUUAUUCGCACCCUGUGAUUCUUGACGAUUUCUAUUCAUCCUCAAGUGUUGACUGGUACUCGGACUCGGACUUGGUGGCUCCUUCUCUCGCUCACAAUGUCCGCUUUCGAUGUCUGGCGCGUCCCCGUCGCGCAGUGGACCCUGAUGCAGCUGGUCACUGCGAUGGCUGUCGGACUGACUCCGUCGCGGUCGCGACUGCGACCAGCCGUUGCAGCGGUGGUGGUUGCUCUGGCGUGUGGGUUCCAGCGCGAGAUUACUGGCGGUGCGAUCGACGUGCGAGUCGCGGGUCCGAUGAUGGCGAGUUGCUGGCUGAAUGUGCUGAACAAGAUGGAUCUGUUGGUACUGAGUCGGAUAUCCUACGAUGGGCAGGUCGAGUGGGAGAAGAGGGCUGGGGUGAAAGCCACGCGCUCGGGGAGUCUCGUGGCGCGAAUCCUGUGGGCGCUGGGCACCGCGUUUAAUUAUCGUCGGGUCAACACGCCGUGGCAGGUGAGGAUGCUACCGAGGUUUGGUGGACAGGGGAUGGAGGAUGGCCCGGAGAGGGGCCGGUUUGUGCUCGUUGGUGUCGGCAAGGUGGUGCUGGGCGUGGUUCUUCUGGCGCUGUUUACGGUGGAUACGACGGAUCCGAAUCUGUUGCCUGCGAUUGAGGCCUUGCCGAGGGAUGAGUCGGUCUUGUUGCCGUGGGUGUAUGCGGCGUCGAUGAAACGAGCAGUUCUACAGAUCGCGUUUACUAUCUCGUUUGGGAUCUGCUGUAGAGCGUUUAUCCUCGCGGGGUAUAACAUUGGUGCGAUCACGGCGGUGGGCUUGGGGAUCCAUCAUCCCAGCGCGUGGCCUCCUAUUGCUGGUUCGCUGUUCGAGGGCUGGUCGCUGCGUCGACUUUGGGGGUAUGUGCAUCAUUUCUGUCUAUCAAAACCAGCUAGAUUAGAAGAAGCUAAUCUCUUGUAUAGGAUCUCAUGGCAUCAAACACUCCGCCCGCUGCUCUCAGCCAAUGCGGACAUGAUCACCUCAAGCAUCCUGCGCAUCCCACGCGCCUCCAGAUGGGCUGUGUAUCUGCGCCUCGUCAUCGCCUUCAUGCUGUCCGGGCUUUUCCACUCGGGCAUCGACUUGACAUUUGGUAUCGCGUGGGAGGAUAGCGGCGCUCUCUGGUUCUUUACGAUGCAGGCUGUGGGCAUCUUGGUUGAGAGUGCAUUCCAGCAUGCUUUCCGGAGAUGGGUCGGUGCUUUGAGCCCGGUUGUUCGUCGCGCACUGGGAUUUCUCUGGGUCUGUGUCUUUUUGCUGUGGACUGCGCCGGUUUGGAUGGAUCCGAUGGUGAGGUCUGUUUAUGUGGAUGGGACGCCUGUGUUCUCGCCGUUUUUGAUGUUCAGGAGUUGGCCUGUUUAGAUGGUUCGGAGAUUGGGUGCAUAUAUUGCAUAGCGGGCUAUUGAUAGAUGGGUUGUUAGAUAUUGUUAGAUCGCGCUGUUGCAUUAGAUCGGACUGGGGUCAAUCAGACCUACCAGUUACUUCCCCAUAUCAAUAUAAUAUGAGAUUAUAAACACCUUAACUAACAGGGUCGAUCAAUACCCUGCCCCCUCCGCUCCACCCCCCGCCAACGCGAGCA